CCCGGGCGGCGGCGGCUGCUGCGGCGGGGAUGGGGCCGCGGCGCUGAGCGGGGGGGCCCGGCUGGGCGGGGGGGGCCGGGCCGGCGCCCCCCGGUCCCGGCGCGAUGGGCGAAUGGACCAUCCUGGAGCGGCUGCUGGAGGCGGCGGUGCAGCAGCACUCCACCAUGAUCGGCAGGAUCCUGCUGACGGUGGUGGUGAUUUUCCGUAUCCUGAUCAUGGCCAUCGUGGGAGAGACGGUGUAUGAGGACGAGCAGACCAUGUUCAUGUGCAACACGCUGCAGCCGGGCUGCAACCAGGCAUGCUACGACAAAGCCUUCCCCAUCUCCCACAUCCGCUACUGGGUCUUCCAGAUCAUCCUGGUCUGCACCCCCAGCCUCUGCUUCAUCACCUACUCCAUCCAUCAGUCGGCCAAGCAACGGGAACGGCGCUACUCCUUCCUCUACCCGCUCUUGGAACGGGACGGUCGCGAAACCAAGAAGACCAAGACGAUCAACGGGGUGCUGGCACCCAGCCCAGAGGGGGGCUGCAAGGAAGAACCCGACUGCCUGGAGGCGAAGGAGCUACCCAGCCCGCCGCCACGACCCCCCCACAGCUCCAAAACCAAACGACAAGAGGGCAUCUCCCGUUUCUACGUCAUCCAGGUGGUUUUCCGCAACGCCCUGGAGAUCGGUUUCCUAGCCGGGCAGUAUUUCCUCUACGGAUUUAAUGUGCCGGCCAUCUUCGAGUGUGAUCGUUACCCUUGCGUCAAAGAGGUGGAGUGUUACGUCUCGCGACCCACCGAGAAGACCGUCUUUUUGGUCUUCAUGUUCGCCGUCAGCGGCGUUUGCGUCCUCCUCAACCUGGCCGAGCUCAACCACUUGGGUUGGCGCAAGGUCAAAGCCGCCGUCCGGGGGAUGCAGGCGCGUCGCAAAUCCUUGGUGGAAGUGCACAAGAAAGACCUUUCCCCCCCAGCCCCCGCGCCUGCGCUUGGCUGGACGCAGUCCAGUGAGUCCGCCUAUGUCUGAACCCCCCCCGCCACAGGGGGGAAGACGGUGCUGCCCCCCCCCCCCCCCCAAAUUGCUGGGGUUCCCCCCUCUGGUUUGCCACAAGGGCUGACACCGAGUCUCAGUGUUGAUCGGCCUCUUUACGUCAUGGCGCAAGCGGGGAAUGGGGUGGAGGGGGGGGAGCCCCAUGACCUGCACCCUGACAG